AUGAAUAUCAUAACUGGCAACAUCAACAUCACGAAUGAAUAUACUAGAGAAAAUGUUGUUUUAGAACGACAUAAACAUGCUGAAUUAGACGUUGAAAUUCAUUUGUCAUCAACCAGAACCAACUGUGAACAAAUUACAUUGGUAUGGUUGGAUAGUCAUGUUAUCGAUAAUGGAUCUUUUGCUGUUGAUAUUUGUUUAACAGAGAAAAUAUUACGUGAAUUGAAUGAUUAUGUGGAGUUGUUCGAUAAUGAAUCUGAAUGUCUUGCUUAUAUCUCUUCGAUUAAAAACGAAACAGUACUGCUUAUAGUUUCUGGUUUAUGUGCAACAUUGAAUCUUCUUAAUGCAUUGCAUAACUUGCGGCAUGUUGAUUCGAUUUUUAUUUUUUGUCAAAAUAAGAAUAAUUAUGAGAAAUUGAAAAAAGAUUAUUGCAAAAUUAUUGGUAUUUUUAAUGAACAGAGAAGUCUUGCUUUAAGUAUUAAGAAUGCAAUUGAAAUUGUCGACAAGCAAUCAACUAUAUUUGCUCUAUACGAUACUAAUAAACAAAAAUCAAUGCGAGAUUUAAGUCGAGAAUCAGGUUCUUUCAUUUUUCUUCAACUUUUCAAACAAGCUAUGAAACAGAUGGCAAUGAAUAACGGUUCAACAAGUGAAAGCAAACAAGAAAUGAUAGAUAGAUGUCGCAUGUAUUAUAGAGGAAACGAAAAAGAAAUAAAAAAUAUUGCCGAAUUCGAAAACGAUUACACGCCUAAUCAAGCGAUUAGAUGGUACACUCGAGAUACAUUCAUAUAUAAACUAAUCAAUAAAGCUUUACGAACUGAUGAUAUCGAUUCAUUGUAUAACUAUCGAUUUUAUAUUGUGGAUCUAUCUAAAUAUUUAGCCGAAAAUUGUCAAAUAUUACGCAAUUUGACAUCAAAUGUAACUGUCUAUCGAGGUAUGAAACUGUCCAGAUUAGAACGUGAACGAAUUCAAGAAAGCAUUGGUCAUCAUAUUGCUGUUAACACUUUUUUCUCAACUAGUCGACAAAUAUCUGUUGCUGAAGUGUAUGCAGGAAUCGGAGUCCAAAACCUGUUGUCAUCUACUGCUGGUGUUUUUGAAUCGAUUUUAUUUGUGAUUGACGUUGAUUUAGAUACUUUUCCAGACUUAAUUCUCGCUGAUAUAAGACAUCUCAGCUCAUUUAAAGAUGAAGACGAAGUAAUUUUUGAUCUUGGUACAGUAUUUAAAAUUGAAUCUUUCGAAUGCAAAGAUGAAAAUCAUUAUUGGAUAUGUCGCAUGAAAGCAAGUGACGAAGGUCAAGUCAUAGCUCACGAAUAUCUUGAUUUCAAACAGGCUGAAUUGAAUAAGUCGUCUGAUAUAGAAAUUAUUCUUGGUGAUUUAUUACAUGAUAUGGGUGAAUGGCUUAAAUCUCAUACAUAUUUUGAGCAGCUUGCAGCCCGACGAAUCAAUGAUCCACAAGUUCAUUUUGCUAUUGCUCGAUCCCACGAUGCUCUCAACAGAUCUGAUCAUGCUUUGUCACAUUUGAAACAGGCAUAUAUAUUGGCCAUGGAAAGUGAUACUAAAUGUUUUGCACUUGCAGCAAAGAUUUGUUAUUAUUCUUCCCGGGUAUACUAUACGUGCAACAACUUUGCAGAUGCUCUCGUUUUUAACAAGAAAGCUCUUGAACUUUAUCGGCGAGCAGGCGCAAAUGAUAAUCAAGCAGGUAUUGCUCAUGCAUUAAGGGGUGCUGGUUUGAUAUAUUUCCUGAAAUGUGAACAUGAAGCAAGUUUAGAACAUUUUCAACAAGCGCUGCAGCUUUUCCAAGAUGUAUAUCCUUUUGAUCAUCCUGACAAAAGUACGGCCCUUAGCUCUCUUUCAUAUUCUUAUUAUCUUAUAGGAGAAUAUGAACGCGCACUACAAUAUAUGCUCGAUGGUACAGCAAUUCACGAACGACUACUACCCAAAGAUCAUCCACAACUUGCCGUGGAUUUUACUUGUGUUGGGAAGUUAUUGUACAAACAAGGAAAGUACGAUGAAGCGCUUCAACGAUUUUAUUAUGCAACUGAUUUGUAUGACAGACGAAUAAUGGAAAUUAAUCGAACGUAUGCCGUCAUCCUUAAUAAUAUAGGAAAAACUCUUUAUCGACUCAAUAAAUUAGAUGAAGCGUGUGCAUACUACAGAAAAGCCUUGCAAUUUAUUGAGAAGCUGUUUUUAACAACAUCACCAGAUCACGCCGAUCUAGCAUAUACAUGGAAAAAUAUGGGCGAACUAUAUAUGGCGAGAUGUGAUGCUGCCGGUGCACUUGUGUUAUUCGAACGAGCUUUAGAUAUGUAUAGACGUCUCUUUACACUUGAUGGUGACCAUCGAGACAUCGCCAAAUGUUGGCAUCUUAUCGGGCAGACCCAUGCUACACUUGGAAAUAAUACUAAAGCAUCGGAGGCAUUUGAAACAGCAUUACGUAUGUGGACCAAUAAACUACCUAAGCAUCACCCUGAUAUUCUUCUUUGCCAUCAGUCUAUGGUCGCAUUUUAUGCAGACCAAAGACACAACCAAUAA